GUUCACCAUUUGCGCAUUUGUUUAUGGUUACAGGCAAGACUAUUAGCAGGUGUUUUUUCCUUUUGAACGACAUCCAUCGUUUAGUCCAUAACAGACAAAACAACAGUUUAAGAGCGUUCCGUGAAGGAUUAUAUUUGUCGGUGAAGUUAUGAAUACCCCUUCCCUUCCUCCUAAAAUGUACGUGUGUUUUAAUUGUAACGGCUGUUGCGGUGUGAGGAACUGAAACACUUGAAGCGGAUGGAUGAAGAGCUCUCUGUUCUGGGAGAGAUAACACUCUACAAACUAAGGUGAAAAAACAAACAAACAAACAAACAAUAAAACAACGCAACGACACCGCCUGGGUUUCAACUGGAAUGUUUACUUCAGCGUCUCCUCAAAAGGACUUUGUCAUCCGCAUAUGGUGUCUUCUCUUUAAACGGUGUAGCAGUCUCCAUGGCGACGAGCACUGUGCCCGGGGACAACCUGCCCACUUAUAAGCUGGUGGUGGUGGGUGACGGCGGCGUGGGCAAGAGCGCCCUCACCAUCCAGUUCUUUCAGAAAAUCUUUGUGCCUGAUUACGACCCGACCAUCGAGGACUCCUACCUCAAACACACAGAGAUCGAUGGACAGUGGGCCAUACUGGAUGUACUGGACACAGCAGGCCAGGAGGAGUUCAGUGCUAUGAGAGAGCAGUACAUGAGGACUGGAGAUGGUUUCCUCAUAGUGUUUUCAGUGACCGACAAGGCCAGCUUUGAGCACGUGGACCGUUUCCAUCAGCUCAUCCUGAGAGUGAAAGACAGGGACUCCUUCCCGAUGGUCCUCGUUGCUAAUAAAGUCGACUUGGUGCAUUUGCGCAAAAUCACAAGCGAACAGGGGAAGGAGAUGGCGAUGAAACACAGCAUCGCAUAUAUCGAGACGAGCGCAAAGGACCCGCCCAUGAACGUGGAUAAAGCCUUCCAUGAGCUCGUGAGAGUGAUUCGCAGGUUCCGGAGAGGGCCCAGAAGAAGAAAAAAACAAAAUGGCGUGCUGACAGGCCGUCCGGAUCAGCCAGGCUUCACUGUGUCCUACUAUGACUGUUUGUUUCUCUCUGGGCACGUCAACCACGCGAUGAUGGCUUGGACUGUUAAAACACACACACACACACACACACACACACACCACAGAGCUCCUUAAAUGUAAUAAUACUGCACACAGUGUUUUCACUUCUGUCCAGCCAAUUCAGGAGACAAAUCUUGCCAUCCAGUGUUCUUAAGGUGUGUUAUUAAAAAAAUGGUUUAAUAGAAAAAUCCAUUGCUCCGUUUUAUGCCCAAUCUCCUAAACCGGUCGUCGACUCAUUUGGAAGACGGAACGAGUCCAGGAAUCGAGCGCCGUUUCACUCGGAGAACGAUUCAGAGACGCCCCCGACGAGGCCUUGUUUUUGUACACGUUUGUACCUUUUUUUUUGUGUGUGUUUUGUCCCAUUAUUGUAAAACGAUCCUUUAACAGCACAAGGAUUUGUUAGCUCAGAUUUUUACUGCGCCACGAGGAAACAAAGGCCUUCGAGUGAACGAGAUGGUGGAUGAACUUUUAUAAAUACCGAGACGGAAUUAACCAUCUAUUCUGUAAGUGCCGCUAAACGCAGAAGCCAUUGCUCAAAGCCAUUUUGCUAAUUUCACACCAAAACGCACGAAUCACGUUGCUGGAGUUCGGAACUGCUAGUGUUUGUGUAAACGCACUUAAGGAGCAUCAGGUAACUAGCAAAUGUACUGGGUAAUACAUUGCAAUUUUAGGUGGCGCAUCGUUUAUUGUAGGUGGCAGUCGGUAGCGUUGCUGCCUCACGGUUCCAGGGUCCUCCGGUUCGAUCCUGAGCUCAGGUUACUGUUUGUCUGGAGUUUCACAUGUUCUCCCAAAGUUCUCCGGGUCCUCCAGGUUUCUUCUCACUGUCCAGGUAGGCGGAUUAGCUAUGACAAACGGUGUCAGGAUUUAUUCCUGGGAAAGACUUCAGAUCCGCCGCAACCCUGACCGAGACGAACGAACGCGUCGCGAAUCGAGGUCGGCACGGAGAUGGAGUUUGGACUGUACAAAUCAACCGUAUCGCAUAAACCAAAUCUUUUUAAGACAUCAGUUUCGGUUUAUCGGCUUCACAGCUAAUCGAGCAUGUUUAGUCAUCCGGUAACGCAAUAGUACACGUUUCCCGGAAGAAACCCAGAGGAAUGUUUGCUAAUCUCUUGAAUGUCAGUGAAGAAUCAGAUCAGUGUACCACAAACGCUGUCAUUGCACAAACUGUUCCACGUAACGGUGUAACGGUGUAACAGUACUGUUACAGUUUCCCGUUUUCUUUAUUAUUAUUAUUAUUAUUUUUUAUCUUGUUUUUUAAGAACGAUCCACUCACCUUGAACUUUGUACUUACAGUAUGUUCAUCUCAAACACACUGCUGCUUUAUUUAAAGCUUUGCGCUUGCUUGUGAAGUUUUGUGAAAGAAUUGUCUCUUGUAUUGGCUUUUUUUUUUCUCGGGGGUGGGGGGGGGGGUUUCUUGUUAUAGGGGCAGCUUUUUAAGGUGUUUGAAUGUAAAGCUUAUCAAUUGUGCUGUUUUAUGUUCAGCCAAAUAAGCAGUGGCCAUUUUCUUUGUGAGAGCUGUGUAUUGUUUUAACGUCGUACGCAAUGUUCGUGUGUACCGUUCGUCGUCAAUUUUGCACCAAGGAGGUACUUUUAUCUUAUUGAUUGUGAUUUUGAUUUGAUUUUUUUUAUUUUAUUUUUUUUUUACCAAUUUUGGAAGUCUGUGGACUGAAUGUCGAUACGCUGUAUUUGCAAUUUUAGUAGAAACCUAGAGCAAGAAAUGUACUAGCAACAGUCAUUUUGCUACUGUUUUUCUAAUUAUUAUUAUUAUUAUUAUUAUUAUUAUUAUUAUUAUUCGUUAUAUUCAAGUAUGUGUGUGAUGAGCUAUAAGUAUAAAAGCUAUACUAUAAAAGAAGGGAAUGUUUGCAAGAAGCAUUGUGAGUAUUUCUACUCUUAAGAAUUAAAACAAGGCCUUGUGACGAGUCACAGCCUUUUAUAUCUGAUUAUUGUGUUUAGUUUUUUUUUUAAACGUCAUGAUUUCAGCGGCUUCUCUACACGUUACUGUUUGUAAUAUUGUUUGUUUUUCAAUACAGCUGACAAACAUUUUUAUUAACGGUCAAAAUGAAGCGUAUUUCAUUUCUUCGCAUUUGUUUUUGCCUGGAUAUUUUAGGUUCGAGUCAAAGGCCUGAAUUAAUUAAUGAACUCAUUAAUACAAAUUUGUCAAGGCAAUAACAGAAUGGGACUGGGAAGUUCGAACUGGGAAGGCUGGGAAGUUCUACUGCUGUAAAUGGAAUAUUGUUGAUUUUUUUUUUUCUUCUCUUUUCCCCUUUGCUUGUAGAUGCACGUGAACGUUGCUAUCUUUGACGGGAUCGGGAAAUAAAGCAGCACUGGUACUUUGUAUUUUAGUAUCUACCUAAUCAUUUUGACUGUUACUCGCUGCAUUGUAAAAGUAAAGUUCAAAACACUACAUCUCUUUAAAAUAAUAAAUAUGUCUAAAGUCAUAAGUCAAA